AUGUCUUCUUCUUCUUCAGCCAAGCGACCGCUGCUGACGGACGCCGACUACGCUCCACUCAGCACGUCCAACUACAACACCAGCGACGGCUCUGGCUCUGGCUCUGGCUCAUCGUCGAAGGGCGGCAAAAAGCAGCGUCGGCAUAAAUCCGGCGGCUCAAUUCUGUCAGCAGACCCCGAAACGACCUCGAUCACGUCCUCGACCUCGACCUCGACAUCGACCUCGACCUCGCGCAAGUCACUCGCAUCGACAACCGUCGACGACGACGCAUUCAACUACGCGACGUCGUCCGGCCAGCGAUCGUCCAGAGACUCUGGCUCAAACUCGAGCUCAAAGGGCAACAUCAACAGCUACGGCGAGUAUGGCUUGCACAGCUCGUCGUACUCGUCGCUGUCGUCGUCCAAGUCGUCGCGGUGCUGUGCAAAGUCGAGCGACAAGCGAUGCUGCUGCGGACGGCUGACGCGGUGCCAGUGCGGCGUGCUCGCGACCGUCCUCACGCUCGGCUUGCUCGGUCUCGCCUUCAUUGUCCUCUACUUUGCCAUCCUCCCAAAGAUUGUCCAGAACACGGUCGACGGAUCCCACGUCGAAAUCUUGGAAAUGAGCAUGCUCGCUCCUCUGAACACCUCCGUCGUCAUGGCGUCGCAGCUCCGCCUCUCCAACGCCGGAAGCUUUGACGCAACUCUGCAUCCAGCCAACAUGGUCUCCUCGUUCAAGGGCGUCGGAUUUGGCAUCAUCCCGGGAUCGACCGUCGAGAUCAAAGGAGGAGAGGAUGUUAUCUUCGCCCUGGACAACCGUCUGCAGGUCAUCAACAUGGACGGCUUUAACAACUUUAGCAUUGCUCUGACCAACAACCCGGAGGUUGAAAUGGGCCUGAAGGCGACCGUCUCGCUCACCGUCCAUCUGGGUCCGAUUGAUCUGACUUUUGACGGCAUUGAUUUUUCCAAGACCAUCACCCUGACUGGUUUCAACGGACUUAAAAACCUCACCCUCGAUGUGUUCGAAAUGGACGUCGACCCGGUGACCAACCACGCCAUCUCGUCCGUGCUGGUGAGCAUUAUCAACCCUUCGAAGGUCUCAGUCGUUCCGCUCGGCAACGUGACCUUCUCGAUGUUCUACCAAAACUCGUACAUUGGCUCGCUCUUCUCCUUCAACCUCACCAUGCUGCCUGGAGUCAACCCAACCUCCAUGGCUGGACCCCUCAUCCCGGCAAACAUUACGGUGGCCAACCAGCUGUUCACGCAGUAUCUGUCCGGCAAGCCAUCGCUUCUGAACGCUCGGCCCGUCCAGCCCGUCGCCACCACCAUCCCGCUCUACAAUGCCUUCCUCGAGACGCUGAGCCUGGAUGUUGUGCUGAACGGCCGCACCGACUACCUGCUCUUGACGGGCUACAUGGACCUUGGCAACCUCGUGGAGGUUUUUGAAAAUUUGCUCAAGGGUGAGGUGGUCACCCCGACCGCCCUGCUGAUGAAAAACCCCUUCAAUGCGCCAAUCAACCUCGUCAUGUCCCACCUGUCGAUUGUCUACAAGAACGUCCAGGUCGCCACAUACCACCGCGACAUGCACGACGACCCCGUCGUCCUCAACCCCAACUCCAACACUCUGUCCCGCGACCUCCCGAUCGCCAUGAGCUUUUUGCAUUUGCCUGAUUUGCUCCAGUCGUUCAUCGAUGAGCUGGGCAAGGGCUAUGUGCCGCUUGGCAUCAAUGGCACCAUGGGCAUUCGCAUUGGCGAUCUUGAAAACACGAUCGAGUACAACGAGCCCCCGGUUCCGAUUUGCCACAAGGGCACCAUGGCCAUGUGCAACAUUACCAUUCCUGCGUGA